UAUACAAUCAAAAAACUGAAAAAAUUGUUCGAUUUGUUGUUGUAAAGACUGAUCGCUGAGAGAAUCAAUAAUGGUGAAAGCUGUGAUCGGAGAAGAAACCCAACUCAAAUUGGCCGAAGAUCGCCUCAGCCAAUCCGCUGUCCCCUCUCAGGUGGGUCUUGUAAUAGGGAAGCUUAGUUCGUCGUUGGACCGGGGUUUUGUGUUCGAUUUGAUUCCAACACCUCCAAACGAUGCUGGUGAGCCAGCUUGUUCAAUUUUGGAGAGUGUCAGAGAUGACAAGAGAAAGGGAACGAAAGCAAAAUCUGCUACCGAAUCUUCAUCUUUGGUCAUCGACAAAGAUUGGGUCGUCGAACACGCUCGUCAGGUCUCGAGAAUGCUAUUAGGUGGCAUGAAGGUGGUCGGCAUCUAUAUAUGGGUCAACGAAAGCACAUUCAAGAAUUCUACCCUAAUACUCUGCCAGGCUGUGAAAGGAGUUGCAGAAGCAGCACCCUUACUCCAGACGGAUGGGGAUGGGAGACUGCUUAUUCACAUCAGUUAUAGUCCAAGGAGAUGGACAUGCCGAAAUUGCACACUGGCUUCAAAUAUUACAUCAAGCAAUCUACACCCUUGUGAUUUCAAAAUGGGACGGGUCUUAAAUUCCCUUCAAAAGUUUAGUUGCACGUACAACUUUGAUAUGAGAUUGCCAAUAUGCCGUGAGAAUGCAUCAAAUAUCAGAAGAUUGGUUGACAUCCUUCGCCAUGGAAUCUCAAGUCAUGCUAAAGAGCUUAAAGGUGCAAAGGCUUUAAUUGAUGGAAAGUUGGUGCUUGAGGAUGAACAGUUAUUAGAUGGUUUGCAUGAAGUUGAAUUUCUUCUACCUUUCAUGCAAGAUGCAUCUAUGGAAGCAUGCAGCCAAAAGGAGGUCCUUGGUGUUCUCAUCCUUAGUGGCUCCGUGUGUUCUUUUGCAUAUUUAAAUUCAAAAGAACCAUUUUCACAGGCUUUGGCUGAUAUAAAGGGGGACAUCAUCAUGAGCCUGCAAAGUAGACUAGCUGUCAUCUGUGAUGAGGCGGAUGGAGAAUCAGAUACUAUUGUUGAUGGUGGCGAGGAAGCAAGCAAUGAGAUAUCAGCUGGGAAACCUAUUCCCCAACUCGACCUGCAAUUGUUGAGAGAGAAUUGCAGUCUUUCAUUUCCUCGUAGAGUCUUUGUUCCUUGGUUGGCGGGUACAUAUAUCUGUGAUUACUUACAGCCAUCUGAGACACUUGAGGUUCUCAAAGAUCACUGUGUUGAGUUGAUGGCCAUGGAAGCUCCGACAGAUGCUUCAACAAUCCUGGAACCAGAAAUAGUAGCCCGCACUUUGUCCGCCGAAUCCUUUUGGGAUGUGGCAGUUCCCUUCUCUUCAACAUCUAGUCGGGAUUGCUCGACUUCAAAGAAGAGCAUAACUGAUACAAGCAAGGGAAGUGAGAGGAAGUCUAUGAAGUCCCCUGAUUUUAAUAUCAUGGCUGCCAUUGUAAUUCUUAUCCUUUCUAUUUUAAUAGGAUGGGUGCUGUUUGUAGUCAGGGCAUCAUAGUUUACAAGUGAAGAUUCAUCUGGGAGUUUAUUUAGUUCUUCAAUUAUUAUUAUUAUUAUUAUUAUUAUUAUUUUCUAUAAGCUCAUGUAUGUGUUCAUUUCACACUGUUAAUAAGAUUAAUAUAAAAACAAGUCUUUUCUUUCUCUGAA